AUGUUGCCUCCUCUGGAAACUGGUCGCUUCUUUUUCCCGCCCGAGUGGCAUCCUCAUCUUGCUACCAUACUUGGUUUCCCAUCCCGAGCUUCGACUUGCGGCGAGCUCCACGAUGAGAACUGCAGUGAAAUAGUCGACCUUGCCGCUGCAAUCGCAGAGUUUGAACCCGUCCGGCUGUACGCGCGUCCAGAAGACGUAUCUGCUGCCCAGGACCUUGUCAACCGCAAGUUAGCCGACCCCUCCCAAGUGAGCGUCAUCCCCACGCCCAUCAACCACUGUUGGGUACGCGAUACUGGCCCGGUGUAUGUUCACGACGCAUCGGGCGAGUUAGAUCCAAAGCAGAGACUAGCGAUCAGCUUCGAAUUCAACGAAUGGGGCAAUAAAAACGGAUGGGAAGGCAUCGAUGGGGAUUACCGAUUCGCCAACCCUUCCAUGUCGCCGAAAUCUUUGCAGGAGAACACAGACUUCGCUCGCAAUGUCAUCGAGAGCGACACCACCCCAUCGCCCGUGCAGGUGGUCAAAUCACGCAUCCGCACGGAGGGCGGCGGUCUCGUCGUUGACGGCGAGGGCACCUUGAUUGUUGCCGAGAGCUAUAUGGUCUGCGACCAGCGCAACCCGGGCCUGAGUCGUGAUGAGAUCGAGGCAGAACUGCGCCGGGUCCUUGGCGUGGAGAAAGUUAUCUGGGUUCCUGGACGGAAGGGACUCGACAUCACCGACUGCCAUGUGGAUGCUGAGGUGCGAUUCAUCCGCCCGGGUGUCCUCGUCUGGUCACGCCAUCACCCCAGUGUCCCACAGGUGUGGUUGGAUAUGUCCCACGAGAUCCGGAACAUAUUGGAAAACGAAACAGACGCGAAGGGCCGGAAAUUCGAACUGCAUGCGAUCGAUGAGCCUGGUCCGGAGGACCUGGGCAUUCAAGAGCACGACGAGUUCGUUUCUGGGUACGCCAAUUUCUAUUUCUGCAACGGAGGAGUGAUUAUUCCUGGAUUCGGCGUCGAGGAGUACGAUCGCAAGGCGAGGGAAACCCUGCAGGCGCUGAUGCCGGAGCGCACGGUGCGACAGGUGCAACUCAACGCCAUUCCCUUAAGUGGUGGAGUGAUCCACUGUGUGACACAGCAGGUUCCAAUGCCAGCAGCGUAG